CUUCGUAUGGAAAUAUAAGAUUUUUGCAUAUCCAUGGACCGAUUUAAAAUGCUGAUGCAACUCUGAUACAUUUAACCACGCGCUUACAAUGACAGAAGUACAAACUUGGACUGUGUAUCCAACAUGGUGUGUUUACCCCAGGGUUCAGUACUUCCGGAAUCGAUUUUUGAGCCUGCAUCCACGAUUCGAAAGAACAGUUGGAUCAGUGCAGUGGAAAGUAAAAUACUACCUCGAAGCAAUUAAAGUUUGGUUUGAAAGUGACCUUGAAAUCAAAGUUAUAACUAAGUCCGACUUCCCAACUGAAAGGUUUAUUGUUGACCGGACUUCACUGCCUGAUAACAAACAGCAGUCACCAGACAGCGAUGACACGAAGACUAAAAAAUCAAGGGUGUAUGUAUGCUAUAUAGAGGGACAAAAUGUACGUGAUCCGUUUUUUAUUCAGAGUUUGAAAGAUGUUGUUGACGUUUUUAACAAGGAACCUCCUUCUACAGAGAGUAUAUUGUACAUCGCCGUGAAAUUUAGCGAAAAACCUUUAGACGACGAAUGCAAGAUACUUCAACGCAAUUUAGAUGAACAGCUUUCAUGGCGUCCACUAAGCUGGGAUAAGUCUUACUCAGUGGUGUUCGUAAACAAUCACACCGACCUUCCUGUGGCGAUCUCCGAUUAUUUCGAGCAGCAAUUGGUCGAAGGGGUCUCGGUGAUAGCUACAUGCCUCGAAAGUUUCAUUCCAAGUGAAGCUUAUCGCAAGAGGGAUACAAAAAAUCUUGAGGUAAAUUUAAAGGCAUUCUCAGAAAAAAGUGAUGCUCCUAAAUCGAUCGCGUUUAUCAUACUUGAUCUGCCGAAGCCCACUGAUACUGAUGAUUGGGAACAUGAACUUGACAGCUUGCAGAGUCUUGCUAGAUUGAUUAAAUGUCAAGUCCUUCUCCCGUUUUAUGAAGAGCUGUUGAUUCAACCUGACGUUUACCACGAUAUUCUCGUUAAGGGUGAGUACGAAAGCAAAGUCGCCGGUCAUUUAUCAUCUUCUACCAAGAAGCUUCUGCUUGAUAAAAAGAAAAUAGCAAUGAAUGCAGAAGUUAGUGUCUUUUUAAACUACAGAUAUUCCGACAUAGUAAAAGCAAUAAUUGAGGACAUUUGUCCACUUGUAAAAGCGAUAGAGGUUGAAUAUGACAAUCGAUCACAAAUCUGCACGAAGAUGUUAUAUGAGAUAAAUAAAUACUUGGGCCAGUCAAAGUUUGGAAGGCAGAUACGUGGGCUGAUUGAGCCACCGUACAUACCGAGGAGCAUCCGCCAAAGAGUUCUAAGUAUAAAAGAGGUAUAUUGCAUUGGAACUAUUUACAAUCAGUUUAAUUUAAUGAUGACGACCGAUUGGGAGAGAUUCGGCACAGCAGCUUACAGCUGUGGCGUCACUAGUGAUCCAUCCCAGACGGUCGCGCCCAUAACGAGCUGUAAAAACCAGUAUAAAACGCAGAGAGAGGUAUGGGCUCUUGGGGACAGUAUUCCUCAGCGGGCAGGAGCAAGAGCCAAAGAACGGGGGAUGGAGAACCUGCGGCUGCCCACAAGCAUCGCAUGGUGGGGAAUUGGCGGCCUGACAUGGUCAUCAUUACGGAGGUCAAUAGAAGCCAACGUGUUACUGUCCACACCGCCAAAGGUGGGGUUCCCUGAGGAUAAUCCGGCUUCCUCCACAGCACAAGACUAA